UCCUUUAUUUAUACAGAAAUAGUCGUGUAAUGUGCAAUUAAUGUGAUCUGAAACCUCUUGAAGGUGUAUCAAAUUCCUCUUAUUUAUGCACUACUAUAUCUUGUUAUUUGAAAGUUUAAUUGGUGCAUUUGAGGAGGAAAUUAAGACAUUUUCAUUCUCCAUAUAUGCACAAACCGCGUUUUUCAUGUUAAACAUCUUCUUGUCUAUAUACAACCAGGACACCUAAGUUCUUCACAAUUUCUAACCAAUUCCAAUUGGAAAACUUUCCUUUUAUCGAAGGAGAAAAUCUCCACCUCCCCAUGUCCCUUGAAAUCAGGAGGUCAACGAAUUUUUUCAGAAACCAACCAAGAUCUGUUAACCAAGUCUCCUCAACGUUCGUUCAAAAAAAAAAAAAGAAGUCUCCUCAACGUUCCUAUAUAAAAAUCCCUCUCCCUUCUCUCCUUAAACCCAUCCUUUGCCUUUCAACUUCUCAAACCCUAAACCUUCUCUCUCUCUCUCUUUCGAUCAAAACAAAAAAAGAAAAACCCUUCGCUCUCUCUACAAUGGCUCGGUCCACCAAUGCGGUUCUUGUUCUGAUGGCUGCUCUUUUGGUGGCCUCAACAAGGGCACAAUCCCCUACAUCUUCACCAACCAAGUCACCUGCAGCUUCUCCAUCGAGCACCACAACAUCAGCUGCUCCUUCUCCAUCGAGCCCUCCACCUAAGGCUGCGUCUUCUCCUUCUCCAUCGAGCACUCCACCUAAGGCUGCCGCUCCCUCUCCAUCCACCACUUCACCGGCUGCUAGUGAGCCCACUGCCGACUCCCCGCCUUCUCCUCCCUCAUCUUCCUCUGUCAUUUCUCCCUCUUCACGAGAGGCUCCCGCACCCGGCCCUAGCAGUGCCGCUUUGAAUAGGUUUGCAGUCACCAGAUCUGUAGCAGCUGGGGUUUUCGCUGCUAUCUUGGACCAAGGAGAAGAGUUUGGGGUAGACUAUACUCCUCCAAGUACACAUCCUCCAGUCCAGCCCCCUCCAAUAUUAAUGCAUAACUCAGAUGAUGAAGAUGAUGAGUUCAGAGUGGAUUAUGCUCCUCCAAGGACACAUCCUCCACGCCAACCCCCUCCGAUGCAUAACUCAGGUGGCGAAGAUGAGAUUGGGAGUACCGGCACACCCAAGUAUUUUCUCCACAAUCUCCAAAUAAAUCCCUUGAGAUUCGGAAGGUCAAAGAAGUUUCUCAGAAACCAACGAAGAUCUGUCAACCAAGUCUCCUCAACGUUCCUCUAUUAAAAUCCAUCUCGCUUCUCUCCUUAAACCCAUCCUUCGCCUCUCUGCCUCUCAAACCCUAAACCUUCUCUCUCUCUCCCUCUUAUACCCUAACCUUCCCUCUCUCUCUCUCCCUCUCUACAAUGGCUCCAUCCAUCCAUGUGGUUCUGGUUCUAAUGGCUGCACUCUUAGUGGCCACAACAAGGGCCCAA